CUGGCUUUCAUGAAACCAAAAUGGUGGUAGUAGGUCUGCUGUCUGUUUUAUUAUUUUAUUUUAUUGUCGGUUGACUAGAUCUAGAAUCUAAAAAGACGUUUGAUUAGGUCAGUUGCUACUCUCUAUUUUGUCAACAACAUCAGUUAGAAGAUCAGCCAUAACAACAUCAGUUAGAAGAUCAGCCAUAACAUCAGCUAAGAGAUCAGCCAUAUCCAUAUCACCAAUAACAAGGAAUUUAUAAUGCUGACUACACCACUGAUUUGAUGGUGGAUGUUUUAGCUUGACAACCUGAUCCCAACUGUCAGAACUUCUAAACUAUUUUGUCGACCCUGGAAAUGGAAACCAUGACAACCAUCCUACCCAACCUGUACUACACAACAGCUAACAGCAGCUCCAAUUCGACCGUGGAGCCAGAUUCACACCUCCCCUACCCUAUUUACGUCGGCUAUAUAUGUGCGUUUGUGGCUGUCAUUAUGUAUGGAAGUAACUUUGUACCUGUGAAGAAGUUCUACACUGGUGAUGGGAUGUUUUUCCAGUACAUUUUGUGCAGUGGAAUUUUUCUUGUGGGUGUUGUGGUUCAGCUCAUUCGGAAUUCUGAAUUUCAGCCUUUAGUGAUGCUUGGUGGGACCAUAUGGGCUACAGGCAACUUGUGUGUAGUCCCAGUGAUCAAGACCAUUGGGUUGGGCCUGGGCAUGAGCAUAUGGGGAACUAUUGGCCUUGUGUUUGGCUGGGCAAGUGGCAGAUUUGGAUUUUUUGGGACCAAGUGCAACACAGUUCAGCACUCCGCCAUGAACUACGGGGGCGUGGGGCUGGCUUUUGCCAGCAUCCUGCUGUACGUGAUGGUGAAAAAUGAAGUGAGUGGCUCGUCAACUGACAUGGAGGUGAUAGUGGAAUGUGGGGACUCCGAACCUCUCCUGCCCUCAACAAGUGCUGGUUCCAUUAACGAGUCAUUUGGCAGCACACGACGCACCCAGCCAACUGGGAAUGACAAUGUUCUUAUUUUCAAAAACUCAAAUGUGAACAAAGGGAAACAACCAGAAGUUCAAGUAGAAGAAGAGGAUGAUAAAAUGUUUAUAGAGACUUUAUCUCCCAUUAGAAAAAGAAUCAUUGGUACAUUCCUCUCCGUCUUCUCUGGUGUCAUGUAUGGCCUCAACUUCAUGCCAUCCAUUUAUGUUAAAGACAACUUCAAAGGAGCAAGCUUAAAUGAUUUGGACUACACAUUCUCCCAGUUCACUGGUAUCUACGUCACAAGUUCCAUCUACUUUUUCAUCUACUGCAUCUUUCAAAAGAAUCGGCCGAAGGUGUACCCGACCGUGAUCCUGCCAGGAAUCUUGUCUGGAAUCAUGUGGGGUAUAGCCACGGCCUGCUGGUUCAUCGCUAAUGCUGAGCUCUCCGAGGCUGUGUCCUUCCCUAUUGUCUCGACCGCCCCAUGUGCUAUAGCUUCAUUGUUCUGGGGAGUUCUCAUAUUCCGAGAAGUCAGGGGUUUGCGAAACAUUGCUAUUCUCCUGGUGGCAUUUUGUAUUAUGACAUCUGGGGUGAUUCUGGCGGGUUUUUCAAAAUAAAGUAUCCAGCAGCUUAUUCUCUGUGCACCAUGUUUAACUUAUGUGAGAAACUUGUGUAAGUUUUGUUGGACUAAGUGAUGAAAUAAUGUACAGUUUGGUUGUCUUUCAUUCCAUCAUUGUCUUAUCCACAACAUGCAUCUUAUACCUGUGUUUGAAUACAUUUUCUGUGGGACAUUCAGGGUUAAUUUAUCUAUUGAAUUGUUGUGUACAAUACUAGUUUACUAUUGUUUUCAUGCUCAAUUAUUGUAUACAAUACAUUUUGAGACUGGACUAAAUUAUUGUUUACAUAAGAAUAAUGUUCAUCAACAUAAUGUUGUCUCAUCUACCUACACCAUUUCACCCAGAUUUUUAAACCCCGCCCCCCUCUUAGUUAUGAUCUCAUGUACAAGUAUAUUAAAAUCUCCAAGUGUAUGACUCCCCUUGUGUAACCUUGACCCACAACCUCUGUCACUGAUGCUAGGUGUAUUGCCGUGUUAUAAACCACUGCAGCUAUCCUGACGUUAGGCCAUGUAGAGUUGUGUUUGAACCCCCUCCCUCAGCAUACCCAUGUACUCCAUAAUUUAUUGUAACACCUUACAAGAACUUGAUCAAUGUUUAGUUAUUUGGCUGAAAGGUUAACCCCAUCUUUUUAUCAUCCAUAUUUUAAAAAAUUAAAAUCCAUGUAUUUGUACAUACAAUAUUUAAUGACUCAAAUUAAAGUAUUUUUAAACUUUAAUUUUUUUAAACUUUUUACUGCAAUAUCAGUCAGUGAAACUUAUUUUCAAACUUUAUUUUUUUUCACCCUAGUCCGUAUUUUUAAUCCAACCCUUUUCCAAACUUUAUAUUUUUUCACCAAAGUCUUAAUUAUAUAAAUCAGUGUAACCCAUUUCCUAACUUUAUUCUAUUUACCAAAGUCCUUAUUUUUAAUCAACUCUUUAACCAGUGGUUAAGGAAACAGGAACUAGAUGAUAUUAUAAUUAUCCAGCCUGAACAAGGCUCUCUUAUGUAGUGAGGUAUGUUGUGAGUAGUUGAAGAGUGCUAUAUAAGAUGUCUUGUAUGUGUCAAUGAACAAUGACUGUAUUUAUCAUUAUUAAAACAUUUUGAAACAUUU